AUGGUCAACAGUCUAUGGUUCAAAUGGAAAAAGCUUCGUCUACCCUGGCGAAAGUCCUUUCUAGUCGGUCAGGACCUUCGGGGGAAUACCUUCUGGGAAUUCAAAGACGUGCUGAACUCAUCACGAUUGCGUCGCAUUGUCCGAUUCGACCCCAAAACGCACUUCAGUGAUGUCCAAGUAACACCACAAUGGCACCAAUGGCUACGACACGUCCGACAACACCCCCCAAGCAUCGAAGAGCAGAAACAGGAUCUCGUCCGCCAGGCGCAAAUCAAACAGCUUGCCCGACUCGCCGAUGAGCGCUGGGCGAGCAAGGCCUCCUACCUCGAUCAACCCAAGACCCAACAAACGGUACCACCAACGCAAGUCAGUGACGCGACGUUAAACCCGCGGUCCGCUGACCCUGUUUCCACACAACAAGCACCGGCAUCUGCCACCGCAGUGCCGGAGGCAACACCUGCACAACCGCAGGCGCCGAAAGAAAAUCCAUGGGCUAAGGCGGAUGCUGCUGGACCGGGCGAGGAGUGGCAACCUAAAGCGUGGGAUCCCUCUUCGAAGCGGUGA